CAUUUAUAAUAUUAUUUAAUUGAUUAUUUAAAGAAAUUAUUAAAUUUAUGAAAAAUAUAUAAGUUUUGAAAUAUGUCGGGAUAUAACAGUCCUCCCUCCUUAAAUUGUUCAUCGUCCUCGAUGGACAUGUACUUUUAGUACAUAAAUUUUUCAUAAAUUUUACAAUUUUGCUUUUUAAUUAUAAAAGAUGUAAUGUUGCUGACGAAGAACAUUUUGAGUUAAGUGUAAUAGAUAAGUGUUUAAAUUAUACAUCAUGUGCAGUACGUGUUCAAAAUUGAGAAUGGCGAAGAAGAAGGUAAGUUGUUUUCAAAACAUGGUUUCUCGGGUAUCCCUCGGUCCAACUGAGUUGUUCAAAAUCGUGAGAAUCUUCAUGCUCAUCAAAUUUUUGACUGAUGAUAUCAGGAUCUGUCGUCCCCACUUAUACUGUUGAAGUCCUUUGUAAUUAGUUCUUCAUUAGCUAUGAGUGAUAACAGUUCAGUUAGUGACGCUUCCACGGUUGAUUUGGUUGAUUUUUAUGUUCAAACAAUGAGACCAGUUCCUCUAUUGUUAAAUCGAGAUGUUUCUCAUGGUAAUAGUGUUUUUUGAUUAGUUUUGUUUUGUUUUAAUUUGUGUGUGUUUUCAUUGUUUCCUUUUUUUUUUUAUUCUUUAUUUAUAAUAUGAGUGAUUCUAUUGAAGAGAUUGACAAUGAUGUGUCAGAUUAUGUGGACUUAUUUGAUCUCAAUGUUCUUGAACCAUUGAGAAAUACUGAUAACAUUCAAGCAACUGUGAUGCCACAAGUGGAAAAUGUGACAGUUAGGGAAAUUGAUCCUGUUCCUUCUACUUCAAGAUCAGAAGGACAUUGGCACGCAUCGAAUAUUCCAAUAGAUGUUCCGAUAAUUCCACAGUUGGAUCAUUUAUUGACUGCUAACGUAUCCAGACAAAGACUUAUAGGACUACGCAUGGUGGAAUUGGAAGAACGUAUGGGCAUUUUUCAAUUUGCUAUAUGGAAAAUGCCUGUCGAGGGAGCAGCAGAAACAGUGCGUCGUUUGAUUAGUGAUAUCACAGGCAUUGAAUAUUCUUUAAAUGAAUUUAUAAUUGUGAGUGCCUUAGACGCGAAUCGACAAGGUGUUUUAGUGCGUGUCUCGACUGCUAGUUUAAAACAAUUAAUUUUUAACUGUAAAAUGUUGCUGAUAUUCCGGGGAUACAAUAUUGACUAUUUAUUUUCUCAAUAGUGCCUUUUCUCGUCGGCCCUUCAAAAUAGAACUAUUGGCUCAAAUAAUUUUUGGCGUUACUGAAUUACACAGGAUAUCCCGGGAAAUAAAAGAGUUAAGAUGUUCCCGAGGAUUUAUUCCAAAUUAUCGGAUGAUAAGAUGUCCUGACUCGCAGCUGAAAGUUGUUUUUCGCAAGGUGUCAGCCUCUUGGUCGGUGGUGAAAGGGGAUUCGAGGAAAUCGAGAAAAUUGAAAACUUUUAAGUCGAAAUUGGAAAAAAGAUUGAUGCGUUUGGUCACAGCCCUUAUUGUAUCAUCACAAAAUAGGACGAAUCUCAUAAGGUAAUUUAUGAAUCUAUAUUUAUUUCUUCUCUCUCAUUUGUGAAUUAUUUGAAAUUUUAUAGAUCGUGUUUUCUCCUUUUAUUUCAGUUUGCGGGGUAAAAACGGACGUUUCUGUCGUUGUGGAAAAUUCGUCUUGAUAGAUCGGAGACAUUCGAUAUGUGCUUGUGGUGGUGACGUCGCAAUCCUAACGAGGGUUGAAUCCGAUGAAGAAGAGAUAGACGUAGUGAAUUAAUUAUUACGAAUUAUUUUAUAUAUAUAAUUUUAUACACAAACCUAUACAUAUUCACAAACAUGCACACAUAUAUAUAUACUUUCUAACAAUAAUUCAUUUUAUAAUAAAUUUAUUUAACGUGACAUCAUCGGUGUUUUACUU